CCAUGCGGCUCUCCCGGGAGACUCCCAGCGCUCCAGCCGUGCGCAGCCAGCUCCGGUGAGGGGGGGAGACAAUGAGCAGCGAGCAGGAGCCAGAUGACAGUUAUGCACGUGUGCGAGCUGUGGUGAUGACGCGGGAUGACUCAAGUGGCGGGUGGCUGCCACUUGCAGGAGGGGGUCUCAGCUGUGUCACCGUGUACAAGACUCUCCACCCUGAGGAUAAUGGCAGUACAGACUUUCUGGUCCAUGGAGAACGGCUCAGAGACAAAACGGUUGUUCUGGAGUGUGUGCUAAAGAAGGAACUGGUCUAUAAUAAAGUCACCCCUACUUUCCACCACUGGAGGAUUGGAGAUAAGAAAUUUGGCCUCACAUUCCAGAGCCCUGCAGAUGCUCGAGCUUUUGAUAGGGGUAUACGUCGUGCCCUUGAAGAUCUCACUCAAGGUUUUCCCACGUCCCAUGGAGAAACUGAGGUUCCUGAGGAUGGUCCACAGAUGAACAAAGAAGAUCAUUGCAGCAUACAGAACAAUGACUCCUUUUUCCGUCAUGACUCCAUCCCAACAGAUGAGCUAUAUCGCAGUUCUGCCAUCAGGCCCUCUCCAUUUGAAAACCUCAAUACCAGGAGAGCCUAUGUGCCCAGCCAGGUCCCUCUAAAGCCCCUCCGACAUGUCAGCUUCCAGGACGAGGAUGAAAUUGUGCGUAUAAACCCACGUGAUAUCAUCAUACGGCGCUACGCAGACUAUCGGCAUCCUGACAUAUGGAGGAAUGAUGCAGAGCGGGAAGAGCCCGAUAUAAGUGCCCCCUUCAACAAGGCAGACAGUAAAAAAAGCAACUAUCUUUAUUCCACAGCAAAUGGCAGAGACUCUCUCAAAGAGCAAAAACCAUCUGGAGUGUUUAAGACUCAACCUAUGUCCUCUCUUAAAAAGAGGAGGAAAGAGGACGGGGAGCGCUCAAGGUGCAUAUACUGUCAGGAGCGUUUUAACCAUGAGGAGAAUGGGCGAGGGAAGUGUCAGGACGCUCCGGAUCCCAUCAGGCGAUGCAUUUACCAGGUUAGCUGUAUGCUUUGUGCCGAGAGCAUGCUCUACCACUGCAUGUCUGAUUCUGAAGGAGACUUCUCCGACCCUUGCUCCUGUGACACCUCCGAUGAAAACUUAUGCCUACGUUGGCUGGCUUUAGUCACGUUAUCCUUCAUUGCCCCGUGUAUGUGCUGCUACCUCCCUCUGAGAGCCUGUCACCACUGUGGGGAGGUGUGCGGCUGCUGUGGAGGUAAACACAAAGCAGCUGGAUGACACAAUGACUCAUUCAACCCAGGAAGAAUCCUUUAAAUUGCCAGGAGGCUGCUGGAUCCGACGCAGGCAGUUUUAGGUGAUGCUGUAAGUGGAUUACACGAAGAGGACUGUAGCGAAGCUAUCUGUGUUCAGAUAGGACCAGCGCGAAUAUGUAACAGUGCCAGUCUUGCAUUAGAUAUAUAAAUAUAUAUAUAUAUAUAUAUAUAUGUGUGUAUACAUAUUUACGUGCCCCAUUUUUGCUCCUCACACUUUAUUGGCUCUGGAACCUCCGGAGAUAACGAACGCCGUGUAAAGUAUAGAGAUGGAGGAAUUGAACAGCCUUCAAAUACACAAUAUCUAAAUGAAUUUUUAGUGGAACUAAAUAAUUUCUAGUUUUAUUCAAGUGAUUUUAUGUAUAAAUAACAAAUGUCUAUAUUUAACUAAAUGUACGGUACAAGAACAUUUUAUGACUUUUGAGAGAAAGUUUCUUAAAGUAUGUUCCUUGCCCAACUUCCCCUGUGUUCUUGUUGGAAGUUGGGACAUUCCAGUAUAGGGCUGAGUCCUGCUGCUGUAGAAAGGUGACCUUUCUGUCUCUGGCAGCUGAAUUGGUUAUUAAAGCUGUUUAUCAGUG